AGAAUUUGGUGGGGGUGUGUGGCCAGACUCAGAUGAGAGGCAGCUUCUUCUGAUUCAUUCACUGCUGAUACUAGUACUCUGCUAAAGGACUGUGUGUGCAAGUAGUAUGACCCCAACCCUGAAGCUGUGCAAUCUAGGAGCUGUGAGGCACCAACCAUGCUCUCGUCCCAGCCUCUCCUGCACACUGCAGUGUUUGCACUCACAGUCCUUCAGGCCCUUGCCUCCAACACCUUCAUUGCAGCCGUCUAUGAGCAUGCCGUCAUCCUGCCAGAUGCUGUUAUUAAGCCUGUUUCUCCUGACGAUGCUUUGGCCCUGAUGAACAGCAACAUGGAUGUCUUGGAAGGGGCCAUCAAGGAAGCCGCCCAGCAGGGUGCCCACAUCAUUGUGACUCCUGAAGAUGGCAUUUAUGGCUGGAACUUCACAAGAGACACCAUCUACCCGUACCUGGAGGAUAUUCCUGAUCCAGGGGUGAACUGGAUUCCCUGCACUGACCCCACAAGAUUUGCUCCUGCUCCGGUGCAGGAACGACUCAGCUGCAUGGCCAGGAAUAACUCCAUCUAUGUGGUUGCAAACAUUGGGGACAAGAAGCCUUGUAACUCGAGCGAUCCCAGCUGCCCCAAGGAUGGUCGCUAUCAGUACAACACUGAUGUUGUCUAUGACCCAGAGGGAAAACUGGUGGCUCGUUACCACAAGUACAACCUGUUUAGAGGAGAAACUCAGUUUAAUUACCCAACAGAGCCAGAAGCCAUCACCUUUGAGACCCCCUUUGGGAAGUUUGGCAUUUUCACUUGCUUUGACAUCCUUUUCCGUGAGCCUGCUGUGGUCCUGGUGAGUGAGUUGCAGGUGGACACCGUGCUCUUCCCAACAGCUUGGAUGAAUGUCCUGCCCUUUCUGACUGCGGUUGAAUUUCACUCUGCCUGGGCUAUGGGUAUGGGUGUCAAUUUACUUUCAGCAAAUACUCACAACAUCAGCUUUGCAAUGACAGGCAGUGGGCUGUUCACGCCAGAGGGACCCGCCGCCUACCAUUACGACAGUGAGACUGAUGGGGGACGUCUCCUGGUAGCAGAGCUGAGUGCACAACCCCGUCUUUCCCCCAACUACCCCCCAGCCAUCAACUGGAGCUUGUAUGCCACAAGCAUCAAGAAAUUUCCAGAAGAAGACACAUUUCUGGGAGCUGUCCGGAAGGAUAUAUUCACUUUCAGUGAACUCAGGCACAAAGCUGGAAAUUAUACAGUUUGCCAAAGAGACCUCUGCUGCCAUUUGAUCUAUCAGAUGUUAAACAAGAGCAAAGAUGAAGUUUAUGUCCUGGGUGCAUUUGAUGGGUUUCAUGGUUCUCUUAUAAAAUACCACUGGCAGAUAUGCACGCUGCUCAAGUGCAAGAGCACAGAUCCAGAAACAUGCGGGCAGCCGGUGGAGACAGCUCAGACCAAGUUUGAGAUGUUCUCCCUCAGCGGCACGUUUGGCACCAACUACGUCUUUCCAGAAGUCUUGUACAGUGGGGUGCAGCUGGCCCCCAGGGAGUUCGAGGUGCUACGUGAUGGGCGUUUGAAAAGUAAGCAUGGAACAUCAAAACCACUCAUAACAGUGACGCUUUUUGGAAGGCUUUAUGAAAAGGACCUGCCUCAUCCUCUGCGAAUGUCUCCAUCCCGUAACUCAGCUGUUACACAUUCACCAUAGACAGGAGGGGAAUUUCCUAUGCUGAUCCACCUUUUCAUGAGUCAUGGCAGUUAUACUGUAUCAUUCCUGUUCUGCAAUCUUGCACUUCCUCUCAGCAGCUGUUAGUUGCGUUUAUUCAGGAGAAAGCGAUGUGAUCACUCUGUUGUGUACACCUUGUUAAUAACGCUUGAGACACUGCAAUUGUUUUCAGUAUGAAUGCUCUGUCACAUUAAAUAUUUAAUUAGAUUUUUUUUAAAGAUAUCAUGUAGAUUGCCAGGAUAGCAUUAGAAAGAAGACUGAAACUGAAAUGUGUGAAAUGUGAAGUUUGUCAGUUUCCUGAAGAACAAAUCUUUUCUAA